UUAACUGAACCGUUCCUUGUCUGAUGUCCACAUCUUUGUGUGUCGAAAAAUCCGAUACGAUUUAUUGAUAUUUUUCACGAAAAGCCGAUUUUUCUACUGCAUUGUGGAACAAUCAUUUACCGAUACAGCGGCUAACUUAUAACUCAUAUCAGAAGACAUUGAAAUUGAACCGAAAAACGUUAAAAGAUUAUCUGAUUAAAUUUUGUUUGUAGUGUGAAUAGAUGGUUGUAUAAACUUUUCUGGCGAAAUUAAAUUAACUCGUGCAUAAAGGUUGCGUACAGCAGAUAAAAUAUGUUUGACUAACAGUGAUUCACUAACUUUGGAUUUAUUUAAGUGUAAAAAUUUAGCUAUAUGUGGUUGUGAUAGAAAAUACUUAAUUUAAACGACCAUUCAAAAAUUACAUUAUGAUUAGCAGUCUGUACUGGUACUCGGAGAAUAUACCGAGAUGGCAUUUAAUAGCGAUUUGUAUAACAGGAUAUGUGGUGUAUUAUUUAAUCGAAGUUGUUAAGCGUCCAAUAUUAGCAGUAUCGGAUGGAGCUUUUAAAGAAUUUCUUUUAAAAAAUGUUCCCACUAUUGAAACAAAAUUUUGGCCAACAAUCUGGUGUGUUGAGAGCCGAGCCCAGACAGUAUUUGCAAGCCUUUUACGAUCAAAAAUUUUCCCAACUAUUCACUACAGGCGAGAAAUUUUAACAUUAAAGGAUGGAGGAGAAGUAGCACUAGAUUGGAUGGAAGACGAUUGCGAAAAAUCGUCUCCGUUAAUUCUAAUUCUGCCAGGACUAACCGGAGCAUCGCAGGCUGAGUAUAUAAAAUGCUUAGUUAUGGCAGCCCAAGGUAUCGGAGUUCGUACGGUGGUUUUCAACAAUCGUGGCCUAGGCGGUGUGGAACUAAAAACUCCUCGUUUAUACUGUGCUGCAAAUAUUGAAGAUCUGUCAGAGGUGGUCAAUCAUAUAAAGAAACUUAAUCCGGAUGUACGAUUGGGUGCCACUGGAAUUUCAAUGGGCGGACUAAUAUUAGGCAAUUAUAUGGCUGAGAAAGGUCUAGCAGCUAGCAAGAUAUUCACAGCAUGUCAAAUAAUUUCCGUUCCAUGGAAUGUUCACAAAGGAUCGGACAGCAUUGAGAAGCCUUAUUUAAAUAGCCUUCUUGGCCAACAUUUGGCUAGCAACUUGUGUAAAACUCUGAACAAAUGUGAUGUUUUAAAAAACGGUGAAUUCGACAUGGACAUAAUUCUUCAGAGUAAAACUAUCAAGGAGUUCGAUGCGAAUUUCACCUCAAAGCAUUUUGGUUUCGAAGAUGUCGAACACUAUUAUAGAACCGCAACAUUGCAUGACAAAUUACAUAAGAUAACCACUCCACUUCUUUGUCUGAGCGCAGCAGAUGACCCCUUUCAACCAUUAGACGCUAUUCCGGUAGAUGCUGCUUUAAAUUCUUCUCAUGUGGCUAUCGUCAUAACGGCUCGUGGCGGACACAUUGGGUUUUUAGAAGGAAUCUGGCCCAGCCUUAAAGAUCAAUACAUGGGCCGGCUAUUUAGUCAAUAUUUUGCGGCUACAUUAUUUGAAGAUAAAACAUUUAGUGGAACGUCUCAACAGAUGAUGAACGAAUUCAAGCUCAAAAAUGUUAGCACACAAUCUGAAACAAUGACAGGGAUCAUGUAAAUUUAAAACUAAGUAGUUGUCUUAGCUAGCAGAGUGCAAAUUAAAAAAAAAAAAAAUUCAAAUUUAGGAAUUUUCAUUUUUUUUAAAACUUGUAUUGAUUGAUUCAACCAUGUUAACAUUCUUAGUUACCGGACCAAUAGACAUUUUAAAUAUCAAAAAUAGUAAUUGUACGUUUGGGAUGAUUCAAACAUAUAUAAACUGUGAUUAUUGAAAUGACAUUUUCGCCGCUAAAUAGAAUAACAAGAAUUUAGUGCAUACGAAAGGCACGUUACGUAACUUUAUAUGCGACCUCUCUGUUAAUUAUUUCUACUGAAACCAAACAAAUUUAGGUACCUAUAACAACGUAGUCGUUUAGUAAAAAAUCCGGUCUGAGAAAUCUUACACUUUCACUACGCGACCGAAGGAUCUUCUUGUGAGAUUUCUUUAGAAAUUUUGAAUAAUUGUUUGAGGAAUUUAUGAUCGAAAGAUUUAAAAAAAAAUAAGUCGUUCUAUCUACCGUCUACUUAUUUCCCUAUUUAGGGAAUAAUUUCAAAGAAAUUUAAUAAUUUUUAAGAAGAAUUAAUGUUACCCUCUCACCGUUCCCACUGUUAGUAAGGCAAAAAUGAUUCAUAUCUAUGGAGCCAACGGAAUUGACAUUAUAUACAAUGUAAUGUUAAGUAUCGCACGAAGCUAACGAAUUCCGGGUCAAAAUGAUAAACCGGAACUAAAUAUGAAUAGGACACCAAGUUCUUUGUUCACAUUAUUUUGAAACAAUCUUAUCGAGAGCCUAAUAUUUAACGUGAUUUCAUCGAUUUCUCUAAAUUUCACCAAAAUUCUCCUAAUUUGAAAAAAUUUACGAAAUAUUAGUGACCAGAACAAACCUUGCCAUUCACAUCAAUUUAGGGAAGUCGAACAUAUUUCGAAUAUCUUAUCCGUAAAAACUUCCACAAAUUUGUUUGUUAGCGUCUCUUGCAUCGCAAACAAUUUAGUGUGUUCGCACCUAGACCUCGAAAACAUUUGAUCCGACUCGUCCGACGAAUCGGCCUUUGAGCUUUAACGUUCGACAUUAUUAUUAUCACUAGGAAAAUAUAUAAAUUCAAAUGGGAGCAUAUCGAAAAACAAUACCGUAUACGUUUAGACUUAAAAUCGUUAUUGUUAGCACAAUUUUUGUUAAUAAAUCAAAACUUCAAAAUGUUUUUGUUAAAUCAAAUCUUAGAGCAAUUAAAAUUUAUUAAUAAGCUUUUA